GCCAGUAAUAUUCACUUUGAAACAUUGCGUCUUGUAGCCUACUCUGUCAUUUGGCAUUUCCCUCUGUCUGAAAAAUUACUGUUUAUUGAGCAAAGGUCACAUGCAGCGAUCUAGUUGCACGUGAGCUCAGGCGCGCCAGCAAAGGCUUGCUCCCUUGCGCAUGACCGCCUCUCGCAAAACUGCAAGUCGAGACUGAGAGUGUCUUUUUCCUCUUUUUGAACCACAUUUCAGAGGCAUGUUGUAAACUACAAACAGUGUUCUCACAGGACCUGGCAAUUUAUCUUGUGCUAAAAUAUUGAACUGAACGAAAUGGUUUGCUGUCCGACUGGAUAGACACUUCAGCACACUGGACAGCUCUCUAUCGUGUCAACGAUUCUAAACUUGACAGUCAUCGUUAAAAUGCCUUUCUGUACGGGCCAACCCUUUUGGAAUACAGAUGAUGAUAUGAGAUGGACUCUUAAAAACAUCUGGUGACUCACUGUUGAGCAAUGCACUUAUUGGAUAUUGUCCUGGGAUUCAUCAUCAUUGUGAUCGCCGUUGUGUCUUUCUUUUCUAACUUGCUGGUGCUGCUAUGUUUCAUCUACAGCGUCGAGAUACGCGGACAGGUGCCAGGAAUCUUCAUCCUGAACCUGUCCUUCAGCAACAUUAUCAUCGCUAUUGUGAACAUGCCUGCUACUUUGGUCGGAGUAGCCAAAAACAUGAAACCUUUUGGUGAUUCUUUUUGCUCUACAAUUACAUUUAUGGAGACAUUUCUAACAACCAACACUACCCUGAGUAUGGCUGCGCUUAGCAUCGACAGGUGGAUAGCGAUGGUUUUCCCGCUGAGUUACUCUACCAAAAUGCGUUAUAAGGACGCCGUUAUAAUGGUCGGAUACGCUUGGGUCCAUUCUUUUGCCUUCUCCAUGUGUGCGCUGUUAUUCUCUUGGGCAGGAUAUAACCAAACAUAUGCGUCUUGCACCCUGCACCUGGGCGCAACGGAGAACGGAUGGGCGAAGUUCACAGCAUUCUCUAUAGUGUUUCAGACCACCAGUUUUUUGCUUCCCUUCAUCAUUCUUUGCUUCACUUACCUGAAAGUUUUGACAGUUGCCCGUUUUCAUUGCAAAAGGAUAGACGUUAUAACGGUGCAAAUGGUGCUUCUUUUUGUGGACAUUCACCCAAGUGUGAAACAACGGUGUCUUUUGGAGCAGAAAAAGAGAAGACGGAGAGCCACCAAUAAAAUCUGUAUUUUCAUUGGCUCUUUUGUUGUGUGCUUCGCUCCCUAUGUCAUAACAAGGUUAACUGAACUGGCGCCAGACAUUCACAUUGACCACCACUGGGGAAUCAUGAGCAGAUGCCUGGCAUACAGCAAAGGAGCACUCGACCCCUUUGUGUACUCUCUUCUCCGCCAGCAGUACAGGAAGGCUCUAAUCAGCAUGGCCAACAGGGUCCUGGGACGUGGUGCCUACCCCUCCUCUGGCCACAGCUGCAGUGCGGACACAGACAAUGACGGCUCCUUGCGGACAGUCAGCUAGUCACUGAGAGCUGAAAGCUAAGCUAACUAUUAACUUAUGCAACGACUGAGAGAAGCUGACAUUCUGUGAACCACCAACACGCUAGCACUGCCUGUGACUGCCCCUGAGGGGAGAAAGUACUGAAUCAGCAAGUGGCUAAUGGCUUUGGCUACUCAGGUGUAUAAAGGAACAGUGAGCUAAUGAUAACUGCUAACUCCUUAUGCUACAUGAACGACUGUAUAUGUUUCUUGUAAUAACACAAACACAUCAAGAUGUUGGAUAAUGGAGAAUGCCUGCUUCAAACAAGAGAUUACACAAUUCAAGGCACAUGUGUGGUGGACAGCUGGCAUUAUUCACUUCUGUUUGAGAUAUAGUGAGUUUGGUAAAAGGGGUAAAUGUGCUGGGUAAAAUGGUCAAAGUACUUCAAGGUACUGCAAAUGCCCAUUUAGAGCUUAACUAAACAGUGGCAGGAGGAAACUUUCAUUUGUGGUGUAAAAUAAUACUGUAGCCUGCAGUGUGCCUGUUAGAAUGUUUAUGUUCGAUUCUGUGUUUAAUGUUUCAUUGUAGAAUGUAUUGUGUUAAUGUCAGCGUGUAUUUCUGUUAUCCGUGUGAUAUGUGUAAUUGAGUGUGUGCACUGUUUCCUAGUGUGUCAUGUAAAGAUUAGACCCCCCCAGUGAUUCUACCCUUCUCUGUCAGUCAGAAUGAAUGUUGUGUUGGUGAAUAAACAGCAAGACGCCGACGAAAGGCCUGCUUCCUGCUUCCAUCGGUACACUGGUGUCCGCAGUGGGAUGGAAGAGAUGAACAUGGGACAUCACAGAUCUUUGCGACGAGCUGCAGAAGAGCAUUAUUCCGAGAGCCUUAACCUGGUCGUGUCCCCACCCUGGACCCGGCAGGAAGGAGCGGCGGAUGGCGCCAGCGUUCCCCGCCCUGGACGACACGAGGUGAGCUCCAACGCUAUGCCAGGACUUAGGGACCCCGCUGCCACCACCCUAACCCUAACCACGCCAGGACCAGGGGCCAAAAAUGCCAGCGCAUCCACCUCAGACAAAAGAAGCAGCCGCACAGGUAGCCCCAGGACCAGCUCCAGCUCCGAGCGGACAACGGAGGCACCAUGCUGAAGGACCACAAAACUACCACAUUACAAUGGAGAGGGGCUGCUUGAGACCUACCUGGUACAAGUGCAGCUGGCAGCGAGUUUUAACGGCUGGUCAUCUUGAGGAGACAAGGGUCCAGGUUGUGCUUGCCUUGGAGGGCAAGGCGCUUCAAACUAUUGGUUGACUUGCGGGCGGCAGAGCAGGCGAGCCUGCCAGCCAUUGAGAGGUUGCUCCAGCGCCGGUUUGGCAGACGGUUGUUUCCUGACCGCUCACAGCUGGAGUGAAAGAGAGAGCCUGUGGCGCCUACACUGCUGAUCUCUGCCCGGACCACCCCAUCUCUCAAACACACACGCACACACACCAUCUUCUGCAUGCUUGAUGGGCCACCCCGUCUUCAAGGACAGCCAGCAAGAUGAGCUUGCGCUCAAUUGCUCCGGGUCCCUGUGGCAGCCCUGGACGAGGCAGAGUGGGUGGAACUCUUCCAGUGGUCCCCAGGCUCGAAACAUUAUGGGUUCCAAGCCGACCUAGAAGAGAGUGAGGAGGAGGAAGAGGCGACUCGUCCUAAACGACCAAAGCGGGGGGCCUGGAGAGCGGCAGGGCAGGCGGAGGGUUGCUACUGAUGCAGGAACCGAGGGAUUGCAG